AUGCAUCAAGGCGCUGAGUGCUUGAAAGAUGCCCACCUGGAGUUUCCCCUGAAAGGCGCGACAGAUCUGCACCCUCUUUUGCUUGUAACGCAGCGGGGCGGACAUACCACAGCUUUCGAGUCUAACCCUGGGGAAGUGGUUGCGCAAGCGUGCGAGUACCUCAUCGGCUGUCCAACUAAACCCCAUUUUCAGGGGGUCGGUCGAUGGCAGAGGAAUCGAUUCGACUGUAUCUGGCACCGGAAGGUUGAUGCAGUAAUGCAACCAGGUACCCUGCUUACAAGCAUCAACAGCAACGCAGAGGGAAGUUGGAAGAGGGGGAGCAGAAUCAACCCAUCUUCACCGCCCGGAUAUGCUCCUUCGCUGUGGCAUCACCAAUUCAUUCGGUCGAGUUGGUCCACGUCGCAUGCUGAGCCAACGCAGAGACUCAAGCUCGUCCAGCCAUUGCAGAAAUGCAGUGUCCGCCGGCCGUCCGUCCGUCUAGACCGUCUCGGCACCCGACCGAAUUCCUCACCGCCUCCCUUCUCCCUCCUCCCUCCUCCCAACGACUCCCGAGCUCCAUCUCCCACCUCCUCAAACCCGGGGCCCACAUGCGCCGGAAGGCCUUGCCGCUUCGGUCCUGGUGUGUCGGAGACCACUCCGGUACAAUGCCACGCGAGAGCUGUGAUUGGCGGGGUGGCCUUGGAACGGAACACCAGCACUGCAGUACGAGUUCGCCAAUCGCGCCUUAAGGCCCAGGCCACACAAGGUGGCUAUGUCCCGAGACAGAUUGUGGCUGAAGUUCCGAACUUGCCCACGACCAGCUGCUCGGGAGGCCUGCCUAUCGACGAAAAUCGAUUAUUUUCCAGCCUGUUGGGCCGAAUGCGACGACGUCUUCGGCCAGAGCGUCGUGAUCCGGGAUUUAGCUGCCCUGCCGUGCCUGCGUCGGGCCCCCUUGCUCCUGUUGGCUACAGGCCUGGCCUGCUGCGCUCUCUUCCUCGCCAGGUCGCCCCUCGCUACUCGCAGUCGCAGUCGCAGCGCCAGAGGACGCGACAGCGACGGCGAACGUACUACGGUACCAGCCACACUUGGGGCCUCCCCUCCCCGCGGCGAUUAUUCAUUCUCCCCUCCCGUCCCACCCGAGCCGCCACUUCCCGGAUCCGAACAUGGCCCUGGUGGCAAGCCAAUGUCACUCUUAUCCAAGAACCCAUGCCCAUAGCAUUGGAAGGGAAAACGCAGGCACGAUGCCCGCCAAGCCACCCUUCGUACGAAAUGUCACUCCGCCGAGACUCAACAGAACGAACACUGCAAGCUUUCUACGAGGACUCUGUAAGGAGCUUCUCCUGUGUAAUCCAGUGGUCAUCUACCAGCGGCGUCCGCUUACCGGGGCGUGGCGCCGUCCGGUCGCCCCAAUCCUUUGAUGUCUCGGUCGCGGCGUGGAAGCGGGAGAAUUUUGCCGCACCACGAUGGACAAUACGUAAACCCUACGUCGACUCGAAAACGCCAACCAUGCGGUGUCUUGCGCGACGCCUCGUCGGCACGUCGCCGAGUGACCUUUCCUCAUGUGGACGGCAAUUCAAGCUCAACGCCGGCCCACGCAAGGAACGCCAGGAAGAAGAACAAGAAAGCCAACAUUGUACCACCAAAACUGAGGCUUGUCUUUUCUUGCUUUCCUAUGAGAAUGAUGCUGUUCACUGGCACUACAGCGGCUCUCCCUCUACAUUGACACCCCCAUAA